AUGGGGUCGACGCUCGCGCUCGCGCCGCCGACGUCGCGUCCGGCGACGCGUCCACUCGCGGCGCCGGCGUCUCGCGCGAAGACGGCGUCACGCGGCGGCGCUCGACGGAGACGACCGAGACGCUUCGCGGAGACGCGGGACGUUCGUCGCGCCCAUCGCGCGUCCUCCUCCUCUUCCUCCUCCGGCGACGACAACGACGACACCACCGCGUCCACGUCCGCGGCGAGCUCCAGUUCCCUCGCGAAGGAGAACGGCGGCGGCGGCGGCGGCCUCGCGCGCGACGGCGACGGCGACGUCGACGUCGACUUCGACUUCGACGUCGACGACGCCACGAGCGCGUGGAUCCUCGCGCGGUUCGCGUUCAUCUGGAUCGCGUGCGGAUACCUCACCGUGCCGUCGCUCGCCGCGAUAGAGCGCGUCGACGCGCCGUCGUCGCUGCCGGCAGCGCACUUGGGAUGCGCGCUGUUGCUCGGGGAGUCCGCGAAAGCGCUCGCGACGACGACGAUGCUGCGCGCGGAGUUGCGCGACGUCGAGGGAGGGAGAGACGCGAUGCCGUGGACUCGAUAUCGACGUCGACGCGGCGGCGGCGCCGCUGCCGCGGACGGGUUGCGGACGACGACGCGCGGCGACGUCCUCGCCGGCGUCGCGUUCGGGGUCGUCGCGUCGAUCGCGGGAAGGGUCGCGGACGUCGCGGCGAACGGCACCGCGGGAGCGGGAGCGGGCGCGGGCGGCGACGCCGCGGCGGCGCCGGACGGCCUUCUAUCGCUUCUCGCCGCGUCGUCGCCGGUCGCGACGACGUGCCUCGCGCUCUCCAGCCUCCUCGUCGCGCCCGCGCUCGAGGAGCUCUUCUUCCGCGGGUACGUCCUCCCCGCGACGGCGCGACGGGUGCGAUCGCCGGUGUUGAGCGUGUCGCUGACGUCGGCGCUGUUCGCGUCGGCGCACUUCAGGCGCGUUCUAUCAUCACACCAGUCCCCAUACGACCCCGUUCGCGCGGUGAACGCCGAUCCUUAA